GGUUAAUUAGUGCGCGCGGGUCAGAGGUGCGACACAACAUGCCUCCACUGGAGAAAACUCAACAUCCCAAACCGUUCAAACAGAGGAAGAGUUUAGGUUACGUAUCAGCAACGAGGAAACAAGAGGUGGCAGGGAUCCGAACUAAGUUUCCGACUAAAAUCCCGGUGAUCAUCGAGAGAUAUCAGAAGGAGAAGUUCUUACCUCUGCUGGAUAAGACCAAGUUCCUCGUGCCUCAGGAGCUCACCAUGAGUCAGUUCGUGACCAUCAUCAGGAAUCGAAUGACCCUGAUGCCCAGUCAAGCUUUCUACCUGCUGAUCAAUAACUCCGGCAUCGCCAGCAUGUCUCUAACCAUGGCUCAGCUCUAUAAAGACCAUAAAGAUGAAGACGGCUUCCUCUACAUGACGUACGCUUCACAGGAGAUGUUUGGACACUGUUAUAAUGAUGAUAACAACAGGUGACGUGUGUCCAGACGUCAUCGGGGGGGGGGCUCCAAAAGAUCUCAUUGAACUGUGAUAAAAUAUUUAAGU